GAGUCCCGCCACUUUCUCGACCGACAAAAAAAUAAAUCAUCGAAAACUCGAAAGACGCUGCAGAAUAUUGUUGAUAUCCUUCCCCACCGCAAAGGAAAAGGCAAAGGGAUAGCCAAAAAAGGGAUCCGUAAGUCAACUGUUUGCGGGAUAGAGGAAAAAUGAGGCGAACCGGCCAGCGCGUCGCUAAAGAGAGGAAAUGCCACUACUGCGGCAAACUCUUCUCCAAAACAGAGCAUCUCGAGCGUCAUGAGCGAUCACACACAAAGGAUCGUCCAUUUCAGUGUCAGACCUGUGGAAAAAAGUACACAAGAAAGUUUGUCUCCCAGUUUUGUUUGUUCUCCACCGUGCUGCGCCGUUUGUCUAGUUGUGAGACUUGGCAUUUGCUGAUUGAUCCUUUAGUGAUACAUUGCUUCGACACUCGAAAUCGCACAACGGAGGAGGAGGGAGUGGAGUUCACUCAUCCGUUGAUUUGACUAGUACGGGGGAUCUCGAUGAGGAGAGAGCGGAAGAGCCUUCUCCGGGUUCAGCACCCGGUGCGAGCUUCUACUCGCCGUCCAUUUCUCCGAGCUUUCACGAGAAUGCUGGUAGCUACGAUAGCCACAGCGGUGGGGCUGGCGAUCAUGGCGGCGGCGGGACCGGGAACUUUAAUUCUCCAAGUGGGCUGCUGUCGGAUCCCGCCAGGCACCAUGAUCCCAUGUCCAUGCAGCCUGUAGAUCCGACCCUAGAAAUCUCUCCACAAAACAUCCCGCAAGGGACUCUACCCGGACUUCAUACAUCCCCAUCCUUCGUUGACCCAUCGCUAGAUGAUCCUAGCCCCCACCACCCUAGCUCCACACCUUUCGUCACGGAUGAGGAUGGGAUGCAAAUUAAUCUUGUCCCUACCGUAAACCCCGGUUUCGAUUCAGGGGAUCAAUGGACGCCGGCUUUGUUUGCCGAACCCUCCUGGCUGAUCGGACAGGGCUUUGAUUUCGGAGCAUUAAACGCCUCGAUUAUUCCCGGGUUGUCGGGUGUCAACACUAAUAUCUACGCGGAUGAUGAUACUGUCUCAUCUGUUUUGCCCCCAACUAUAACACCUUCUCUACAAGAAAGUCAGGAUCAAGUUGCCGUCGAGUUUAAGCUCCCAAGGGCAAACAUAGCAAAAUUGUGGUUUACCUCCAUGGAUCCAUCGGAAGAGCACGACGAGCCUUCGAGGCCUGGAAGCUCCUCGCUGAUGUCUCCUGAUCGUGAAAUGACGGAUGCCGGAGAUGAAAAUUCAGGUGCUCUCGAUGAGCAAUAUCGACAGAGACUGUCGAACCAGAUGAAGCCGAAAUGGGCGGAAGAGCCGCUGCCCUCUGUAGACUUUCUGGUACUAUUCUCACCAAUUUUUCGGUAAACUGGGGUUAAUUUGUGAUAGAACCUGUGCGUGCAAAUGUAUUUUACAAAGUGUAGUAUUCUCCUACCGAUUUUGCACCGUGCGACGUUCAAGCCGACCCCCGAGAAUUCGAUUUUGCUACUUAAUAUAUGCACUCUUGGAAGCCUGUUUAUUGGAUCUGCGAGCGCACGGAAUCAGGGAGAAAGGAUCUUCGAAAGGACUAAUAAGGUUGUCCUCGCAUCAGUACGUUCUGCCCCCACUUCGACAAAUGUGUUUCAGGACUGACCUUUUCAUAGUGGGAGAAAAGGCUUGUACGAGGGGCUGGGGAAGAGUUAGCCUUGAUACAGGCUUCACUAAUCGGGCAGACAUACGGUUUGCUCUCAGGAGUAAGUUUCCCACAAUUUAGUGUGAUUUGGUUCUGACACGCCUAGUCCCCGAGCCAUCUAGCGAUCAUCAGCGCUUUCCACGGGACUGUUAUCUCGGUACGUUUCUUUCCCGUAACGGUCAUUGACCUAAUGCCUCUAGGCUUACUGAAAAUAGUGGGCACGGAGGGCGGGAAUGUUCCAACGAAACAAGACGAUACCCUCCCCCGCUGGGCUAUCUGGCGAGGCCCUGGAGAUGGUUUGGCAUCAAUGGGUGAGGGCCGAAGAGGCGAAGAGGUAGUAUUUUUUCUGAAAGACCUCGCGCAAGCUCGCUCACGUUUCAUAGGACGGCGCUCGGAUUGUAUAUUCAUGACGUUGAGUUAGCUAGUAUGUUCCAUCAUGAGCCAGCUCUCCGCCACCAUGCCAACAUACUGCCGCUCGCUUGCUCGACCGAGCUUUUCGAAGCCCCCACGGCUAGCAUAUGGGCGGCUCGUUAUCUCGCGCAGGAUCCUAACGCUGUUGCUUCAGCCCCCAUAAAGACUUUCAAAGACUUUUCUGAUAGGAUAUUUCCGUCGUGGCCUGUUGCAAGUCCGUGUCCGGUGGUCGUGUCUGUGCCACCUGUCGUAUCGGCCGAUUAUACAUGUAUGUAUACACUGUACAUAUCCCUUCUGAGCAUCAACGCAGCAGCUUGCGACGCCCAAUCGCUGGGGAAUCUUCGCUCCCAAGAAACGUUCUCCUCGUUGAGCGCAGCGUUGAUGCAAUGGCACCACUAUUACCAAAAUGCGCUAAAGCUUUCUUUUAACGGGCCCCCGCCCUGUACAUUCUCACUUAUGGCCUUAUGGCACGCGGUCUUCCUUUACUUGCUCGUCGAUAUUAAUAAGUUGGAGCUUGCCAUUGGACGUGACGUCAACAAUCCCCCUUCGUCGGCUCAAGAGGAAGUAGCGUAUGCGAUGAGAUGGGCAUCAACCCCAUCGGCAAAACGCGCCGUGAUCCAUGGAACCCUCUUGCAGAAACAGCUAGCGAACACUCCCUUAGACGCCGAGCCAGCCAUCCACGUGCCCCGUGCAUUGUUUCACACGGGGGUGGUCUGGUACUGCUGGACGAAAUUCGCUACGCAACUCGAUGAUGGGGGGAAUAUGGAUAGGGAAUGGGAUGAAAUGGAAAUGCUGGCUGUGGAUACGGAGAAAAUACUCGGUGCCGCGGGUAGCGGGCGAAGAGUCAUCGAGAAGGCGAAUUUAUGCGCUUUAACGGAUAUGCUGAAGAGGGUAGGGCAUUGGGGGAUUGCUCGGAGGUUUGCAAGGAUAUUGGGAGAGUUUGUUUUCGAAGGCGGUGAAAAUGAAUGGUGAUCUUUAGGGGGUGA